AUGAUGUUAAUGAUGCGCUACGUGCUGUGUAUCCUGGCUCUCCUGCUCUCCUGUGGGUGUGUGCACGUCCUCGCUGAAGAAGUGCCUGCCGCCGAUCUUUCCGACCAAGUCCCUGAUACGGAGAGUGAGACAAAGAUUCUUCUUCAAGGUANGGCUUCAGAUCGAAGAAAGAAUGAGAACGCUGUACAUCAGGUCUCCCGUGAACCCACAAAUAGAGACGGCAGCAUCCCAUCAGUUAAUUCCGUGAUAAAUGGACAACUACGAUCUCCUCCACCAUCCGCAUCUCUUUCUGCGCAACCACAACAAGAGCUUCCCUCUGCCCAACAACCAGGUGCAGGUGGACCAGAGGCAGCUGGUAGACAGACCCCAGCACUUUCGGAAGAUGCAUCCACUAAAGGCAAACAUGAUGCUGAACAGGAACCACAGUCAUUAGGGCAACCACAGGAAGACUCAAACAUACAUGAUACACAAAGUGAAGAGACCAAAGCCUCAACAGGGCCAGCCGCUACUGAAAGAGAAGAGAGUUCUGAUACUGCACCUCAGAAUGCAGAUCAGAAUUCUUCAAACAAUUCAGCCACACCGAAUGCCACUGAAUCUGGAACUGCAGAGAGUGAAUCAACAAGUAACGCAAAUGAUGUGGAAAAUACAGAUACAACCACCACCACAACCACAACAACAACACUUCCACCUGAACUCACAAACAACAAGAAGGGUGAUGCAGACAGCAGCAGCAGU